AUGGCGAUCUUUGGAGAAAUCUGCCCACGAAGGCACGCUUUCGUCCUGCUUUCCGAAACGGUCGAGUACGUAGCGCGUGGCAGACGGAUUCGUGACCUGGCAGUGAGGCAGAAGCUGCCGGAGCACGGGCCACGCGAGCAGCUGCUCGCUGCGGUGCGGGACUGUAUGAACCCUCAGGUGUGCUGCUGCGAAGAGUGCCCUGCCGAGCAUUUCUCGGCAGCUCAGAGCCAGGGCCUUGCUAGAAAGGUCGCGUCUUUCAGGAGAUGGACCUGUUAUAUCCUUUGGCGGGUGUGUCACAGUGAGGAGGCCGUCAGAGGUUGGAACGCUUGCUCCUCAUUCAGCGAUCCAAUGCCGGAGCGUGUGAGCUGCCCACGGGGGUCAGCUAGAAGCUACGACCAUUCGGACACUAGAGCUCCGACUGAGGCAAAGAAUGAUUUGCACUUGACCUAUGAUGGAUCGGAAGGCAUCUCUGAGAUGACAUCAGGAUAUGGCCUGCUGCCUCGGAGGAUUGGCGCGCUGCGCUCCAUCUGUUCAGCCAUUGUUUCGAGACUAGAAAUAAGUUGUAUUGCUUACCUGAAGCCGAGUGCCAUGUUGGCGCAUAGAGCUGUAAGCCAGCAGUUGGCGCCCGUCAACAGAAAAUACAUCGUGAACCCUGCAGAGAAGGGCAACUACGACCAGCGACGCGGAGACGAAGUACAGGGGCCGCAGCAACCAGUAUACGCCCCUCGUGAUUCUCGAUUCCUCAGAGUAAUAGCGGGUGUGGCCUUCAGUGCUGUCCUCUCGCCGCUCGAAGUCCACGCACGUCGACCACGAGGAAAAGUGAAAUUGGUGGUCGCGGCGCUGGAGCAAGGGCUGGGCUUCGUGCGGCGGCCAGGUUGCGUCCACGCACUUGGGUCCGUCGGACGACAGCAUCUGAUCCGCACGGCAGCAUUUCAUGACCGACAACUUAGGUUCCUUUUUUUUCUUAUUGUUCUUCCUUCUCCUUCUUUUCCUCCUCCUUCUUCAGCAAGAAUAGCCACUAGCACCACCGGCAACAGCAUCACACAGUUCACACGCAUUGUGGCGCACAGGACAGGGCUUCUUCUGAUUCUCCGAUCACGCGAUCUCGGGGUUUACUGGUACGCUGUUUGCUCAGAAAUUUCCAACUGGUUGAGAGACUGUUCUCAUGCACGUCAACUGCAAUGGUCAUUAGUCUCGUACGAGUUUUGCUUUUAUGAGGAGGGAGGAUUUUCUGUUUCAACAGGAUCCCCUGUUUCAGCAAAUUGUCAAGAACAGCCACACCUUCUUAACCAUAUAAAUAGGAAGGGAGGGAGUCGAUGGAGAGUCGAGGGAGGGGUAGAGGGAGCUGGGACGUUGGGUGGGCGCAUGAGGGGCAGCGAGAGGGCCGACGAGGUGACAGAGGCGUCUGCGAGCGGCGAGGGGCGCGGCGGAGGCGUUCAUUUACGACAUCAAAACGCCGCCGUGAGCCGGCGGCGUCGCGGGCCGCGCUGCGGGUUUCGCCUCGGCCGGGCUUCGAUCGCCGGACCAAAUAUUUGCCAGCGCAACACAUCGGAGCUCCCGCCAGGCGGCUUGCCCCUCCGCCCGGCGCCGCGCGAGGUGGCGACGCAGGCCCACGCAGGGAAAUGGCUGUCUACGGGAAAAAAGAAAAAUCUUGCAUUAUGGUUUUGUUAUUGUUUGCCACAAUAUCAAGCACAGAAGGACGCUGUUCAUUGGAGGGCAAUAUUUGAAGUUUUAGUUACUGUAGGAUUUUUAAGAGUAUUACAAUUGGAAGAUGUCCUGGUUUUCACUUACUUCAAAAGUGUUGUUGGAAUACACGACGGUUUUGCUGUUAGCAGAGUUGAAAAUCUUGGUAAACCGGAAGAAAGAUACUCCGGUUUUAAAGGAUUUUCAUGUAAUAUGAGGCUGGCGCCGCCAGAUAUGAACUCAAAAAUUCUGACUCUGUCCGAGUCAACAUCUAGUAACGCAACAGUUAGGGCUGUAGGUUUAGGGCAGAGUUGUUUAGUAGUUUACACACCUAAUAACUGGGUUCUCGCGCCUGUUGGAGACGGUAAUGCUCAGCUCUCUGAAAGAGAAAUGGAUAAAGCAGACUCUGAAGGGGAUGAAGACAGUGAAGUGAAAAUAUAUCGAAGAUAUGCGAAUCAAAAGGAAAAACAACUCUCAGCCAUCAAUGAGAACAGACGGAAUUGGAGCGUGAAAUUUCCAUGCGGCUUGAUUUCUGCGAAGCCAAACAAACAUCAACUAACUACGUGUAAUCCCAGCGAUGACGAAUACACCCCCGACGAUCACUCGUCAAUGCUCCACUAUCGAUCUGCCUUUAGUAAUUGUGCAAAUCGCUGGCUUAUGCACAUUCGGGAUGUUCACUACUGUGGAGUGUGA